AUGUCUAGAAGCUCAAAUAAAAUUGAUGACUUAAAUCUCAUACAGGGUCCUAUUGCCAAGAAAGCUAUGACACGCAUUAACGAAAACGGUAACGUCGUCGGUACUAUAAUCGUAAACUGUGAAGGUUUCCCUGAAACUACGACCUUGGACAGUCUGACAGCCGCUACCUAUUCCACCCACAUGAGAAAUCUGUCGCACUACGCUUCGAACGCCCUAAAGGAAAUCGACGUGCUUGAUGAGCUAGUGGUCCUGAGGUUGGUCUCGAAGAAGACUGAGGCUGUGGUGGCGCCAGAUCACGAAUUCCACCUGAUCGUGGUGAUGAGGCGAACUUGAAAUUCCUACAAUCACCAACAGCUUGCUGCAGUAGUGAUAUUAUUGUUUUUGAGCUGUAGAUUUUUUUGUGGUCAUUGUGCUAGAAUUUAUUUCAAUUUAGUGUAAUAUAUUUCUAAUAUAUAUUUAAAAA